CCAUAUACACACCACUCCACCACCACCAUCAACCGCUACCACCACCGCCGCCCCCAUCUCGUCUCGUCACCAAUUCACAUCCACCACCACCGCUACUACGACACACACACGCUGCAACACCCGCCUCUCCUGUCUCGAACCCUUCGUCAUAGCCGCCUCUGCGCCUCCCCCCCUCGUGCUACUUGCACCGCAUUACAAUACCACCCGCCCGGCCUACCCUUUCGUAGCGCCUUCUGCAUCUUUCCGAUCCACCCAUCGUCCUGCCGGCCGUUUCUGAGCACGCCUGUACAACCCUUCUUCUCUGCUCCACUUCCGUGUGUCGCCUUCGAGAAGACAUCGUACCACCCAUCAUCGCACCACCUAGCCGUUCCGUCGCUCCAUAGCCGCCCACUUCGUCCAUGCCCUUGUACAUACAGCAGUUCAACUAACUCUCCUUUUACGCACGCCGCCCGCUUGUCACUGGGUUCUGUCGAACCUUGUGCCCCAUCUUCCAAGCUGGCGCACCAACUCCAACCGCAAUUCUGUUCUUGUGAAGGCUUCGACAGCCAGAGCAGAUAUACCACACGGAGAGUGUACAAGCAGUUGCGGGAUAGCGUCAUGUACUCACGGAAACCCACUACUUCACCAGCCAUACGGUUACCCUCUGCCCCUUCCUCGACAGCAUCAUCACCCUCGACAGCCUCGUUGGAAUUCCACGAUCAAGACGCCAACAUGGCCAAUUCGGGAUACACACAAUCCCCCAAACCCCUCACAGUCUCGAUACCCAAAAGCAUCCCGCUGCAUAGCCAGCGCAGGCCCAACCUCUCCGAGAUCCUCGCCAACACCGCCCAACCGCCAUACACCCUCAGCUCCUUCAUGGCUUUUCUCUCCCAAAACCACUGCCUCGAGAAUCUCGAGUUCACCAUGGAUGCCUCACGGUACCGCAAACACUACCAGAAAAUGGCCAACAGGCAUCCAGGAAGCCCCAUCUCACCUCUUUCAGACGAAUGCGCAUACGUGCUGAUGCUCUGGAGGCGGUUAAUCGACGCCUACAUCCGUGAAUCAGGCCCUCGCGAGGUGAAUCUACCCGCCGAUGUCCGCGACACCCUCCUGGCUCUUUCCGAGUCGUACGUGCCACCGCACCCUUCCUCGCUCGACGAAGCCGUCUCAAAAAUCUACGAGCUGAUGGAAGAGAGCGUGCUGGUAUCUUUCCUCAACUCAGCUUCGCCCCGAAGCGCACAUCCGACGCCCGCCAGCCACCACGACAGCUACAGCUCAAGUGCGAGCCGCUCGACUACACGCAGCUACGAUGAGCGCUCCAUGCACCUCACUCGCAGUCAACCGCAGAUGCCUGUGCACCAACGUGCUUCGGCCCCGUCGUCGUUGACAUCCAACUUCAUGCACCCUCGUCCUUUCACUCACGCACGCUUCAACUCACAGCCCGUUACCUCCUCGUCGACACCCAUUACUCGCGUCAACCUUGGCUACACCAGCGGCAGUGAUGCUCUAACUGAUGAUUCGGGUAGCGGCAGCCCUUCUGGGAUGAGCGAUCCCCUUACUCCUCCGGGCACUCCUCCUAUGAGCGACUACCCCAUGAGCGACUUUCAGCAAGCAUACUACGACAAUGGAUCUAGUAGCGGCACCCCCAGUCCCAGAACGAGCAGAGGCGAGCACAAUGGUCUGGCCAACGUGACGAGGGACAGCUGGAAGCGUAUGAGCAGCAAGCUGUGGCCAAAGAAGAGGAGUGGCAACCAUUUGAGAGAGGACGAACAAGGUGUUGUCGAAGGAGGGCUUUUUUAA